AUGUGCCCGGAAGUUUUUCCUGGGGCCAACUUGUCACGCAUAGGCGGGGUUUCUAAUCCAAAAAUUCCUCUGCACGAACCCAACGAACAUCAUGCAACGGGCUUGGAGUUUUUACUACAUCUUAGUUUAAUUGGAGGCACCAAUUAUGUACUGAGAUCUUUCAAUCAAGUUCCGCUGCUUUCGACUCUCACGAAUUUAUUUCUCUCCCCUUUCUCUAUUUUUGUCUCUCGAAAGUUUCUUUCACCUGAUCUUCCAGACUUUGCCCCUUGUCCUGUUAUGGAAUGGUGCUGCCUGGUCUCCGGGCUCGUCAGCCUAUCAGGCAUGACAACUGAGUGCGGCUGA